CCCAGGCGGUAGGAACCCACUCCCGCCCCUUCGACCUGCUGCCAUGUCCCGGCCGCAGCUUCGACGCUGGGGCCUCGUCUCUAGCCCGCCGCGCGGCGUCCCGGGUCUAGCGCUGCUGGCGCUGCUUGCGCUGCGGCUUGCGGCCGGGACCGACUGCCCAUGCCCGGAGCCUGAGCUUUGCCGCCCGAUUCGCCACCAUCCAGAUUUCGAGGUCUUUGUGUUUGAUGUUGGACAGAAAACUUGGAAAUCUUAUGAUUGGUCACAGAUUACAACUGUGGCAACAUUUGGAAAAUAUGACUCAGAACUUAUGUGCUACGCUCAUUCAAAAGGAGCCAGAGUAGUACUUAAAGGAGAUGUAUCCUUAAAGGAUAUCAUUGAUCCAGCUUUCAGAGCAUCCUGGAUAGCUCAAAAACUUAAUUUGGCCAAGACACAAUAUAUGGAUGGAAUUAAUAUAGAUAUAGAGCAAGAAGUUAAUUGUUUAUCACCUGAAUAUGAUGCAUUAACUGCUUUAGUCAAAGAAACUACAGACUCUUUCCAUCGUGAAAUUGAGGGAUCACAGGUAACCUUUGACGUAGCUUGGUCUCCAAAGAACAUAGACAGAAGAUGCUAUAAUUAUACUGGAAUCGCAGAUGCUUGUGACUUCCUCUUUGUGAUGUCUUAUGAUGAACAAAGUCAGAUCUGGUCAGAAUGUAUUGCAGCAGCCAAUGCUCCCUAUAAUCAGACAUUAACUGGAUAUAAUGACUACAUCAAGAUGAGCAUUAAUCCUAAGAAACUUGUAAUGGGUGUUCCUUGGUAUGGUUAUGAUUAUACCUGCCUGAAUCUGUCUGAGGAUCAUGUUUGUACCAUUGCAAAAGUCCCUUUCCGGGGGGCUCCUUGUAGUGACGCUGCAGGACGUCAGGUGCCCUACAAAACGAUCAUGAAGCAAAUAAAUAGUUCUAUUUCUGGAAACCUAUGGGAUAAAGAUCAACAGGCUCCUUAUUAUAACUAUAAAGAUCCUGCUGGCCACUUUCAUCAAGUAUGGUAUGAUAACCCUCAGAGUAUUUCUUUAAAGGCAACAUAUAUACAAAACUAUGGCUUGCGGGGCAUUGGCAUGUGGAAUGCAAACUGUCUUGACUACUCUGGAGAUGCUGUAGCCAAACAGCAAACUGAAGAAAUGUGGGAAGUCUUAAAGCCAAAGCUGUUACAGAGAUGAACAUCUUUUGUCAAACCAUCAAGAUUUAGAAAAAUGAUCUGUAUAAACAUCUGGUUUCUUGCAUUUUUGUUAUGUUGCUAUAUACUUAUUGGUAUACUAAAAAAAAAAGAAUAAAUAAAUGUUUUGAUUGUUUGAACUUGAAAAAUACACAUGAAUGUCCUCAGUAUCCAGGAACAUAAAGACAAGAAGCAAGUCAACUUACCUAUUAAAUAUUCCUCUAUUAGAUGUUUCAACACUAUAAUUUAAUUGGGAAAAAUUGCUUUCAGAAUUUUAUUAUGCCAUAUUUCCCUUCAUUAUAGUAAAAUAUAUGCUUACGAAUCAAUGCUGAUUUUUAAAAUAUGUAUAAUCUGAAGUGGAAAUUGUUUGCUUAGAGUUUUUAACAACCUAGUCUUUGAAAAGCAGUUUGUGCUAUACUUUUCCCGCAACCCUUCAAUAAAUGUUAAAUUUAAAACCUACAAUGCAGAGUCUCCUCUUUAGGUUCAUCAAACUGAUGAAAAUAAUUUUUCUGCUUCCUGACUCCAUAGAGUGUUUAUGCUCUCUGAGGUACUUGAACUAAACCUUUGGACAGUGAGUGAGAAUUAAAAAGAAUCCAGAAGAUUAAAUGUAUUCACAAAAUACAAGAAUGUAACUGUAACAUUUUGAAUUGGUAAGUUAGAGCUACCUAAUAUUUUCCAACUACAUUAUUUUUAUGAGGUUCAUUAGUAAAAUUUUUAAUAAUAGGAAUAACUUGCAAUUGAACUUGAUUCUGUUCACUGUCACACUUCUAAUUAUUAAUAUUUCUUCAUUUAUGGACAUAUAUAAUUUAUUUCUUGGCUAACUUGCUUUACAUGGUUAAAUUUUUCUUUCUACAUCGCAAUGUAUCUUUUUUAUUUUUAUUUUUUGUAGAGACAGGGUCUUGCUAUGUUGUCUAGAUGGGUCUCCAACUCCUGGGCUCAAGCAUUCCUCCUGCCUUGGCUUCCCAAAGAGCUGGGAUUACAGGCAUGAGCUGCAUUGUACUUUUAAUGAUCUAAAGACACUGAUUAGCUUCUCCACUAAUUCUCUUUCUAAAAGAUCAAUUUUAUACAAAUAAUUUUUAUAAAUGUAAUAAAAUCUGUUUUCUUUCUCCAGGGAAUUAAGAACAACAUUGUGCUGCCCUUAUUAGUUCCUAAUUACAGAUUAAAAAUCUGUGUCUUUGAACUCUAGAUUUACAUAAAUCCUGGCUUCCCUGCACAUUUUGCCCCUCUAAAUUGGAAUACAUGAUGAUUGAACCAUCUGUUAUGAGAAUAUUACAUUUCCUAUUUACACAAUUGUUUGUGACAGAGUAAAAUCAACCAUUUUCAUAAUAUAUGUUGGAUCACUGUUGUCUUCAUAUUUCUAAAGUAAAUGAAUUAAAAACUUUAAAUUCUUAGAUGCUUAUCUCUAUCAUAGCUCAGAAUGCAAGUUCAAUACCCCCUAUUCUUUUAUAUUUCCAGAUUUCUUUUAAUUAAGAUAUAAUGAACAAAUUAAGUUAAAUGAAGUCUGUAUUUUCAUGCAAAUAUAUUAGUAUUCAUUAAUACACAUUUAUUCUUUGCAAAUAGAUUUCAUAGUUAUAUUAGCUCUUAAAUUAUUAAAUUAUUAAAUCAAUUAUUAAAUUAUUGAAUUAUUUUAUUAAAUUAUUAAAUUAUUAAAAAUGAAAAUUAUAAAAUUAGCACUGUAAAAUAAUAUGUAAAAGACUUGGAAUGUUAAAAAUAACCAGUCAUCAUUUUGCUUUAUAUUACUUCUAAUAUUUCCUGAAACAUUUUGUAAUACCCACAUGGAGAGUGCAGAAAGAGAAACCUUGUGCUUUAUAUAAAACAUUGCCAAGGAGAAUAAUGGUUAAACAAAUCUGUUCAAAUACAUAUUUAAAUUUUUUUACAAAUAAAAGUUUUAAAUUAACAUA